UCUGUCAUAUGGUCUACUUAAAACGACUUAAAUUACGAAAACAUGUUUAAUUGAGUUAAUAUUUAUUGGUUUUGAACUUUUUUCGGACGGUCGACGAAGAUGCUCGCGGUGCGACUCAACAGUUUUCCGAAGGUGGAAGAAUCGUUCGAAGGACGCCCGUAUAUGAAAGGAGAAGGCUUUGAGACGUAAGCGCGCCAAAACGGAAGUUGAGAGACGUAUUCGUCAUUCCACAAAAAGUCGUUGAAAUGCCUGCCAAUGAGGAAACAAACAUAUUCCACCAACACGGUUCUUCUAGUUUUAACGGCAGCGGCGGCCUCCUGUUUGGCCGAACACUACUACGGAAAUUACGGUCACCACGGUGGUCACUACGGCCAUCAUGGCGGCCACUACGGUCAUCUCGGCAGCCACUACGGUCAUCACGGCGGCCAUGGUUUUUACAAGUACUACCCGCAUUACUACCACGGUCAUUAUGGUCACCAUUACUAAUCUUUCUUCUAUGACAUAGCAACAACAUCGACCAAAAUUUUUGUAAAAUAAAUUUUGUUUAAUUUGUUAA